AUCAUGUACCAAACCCUACCUCUGACGGACAAUAUUUCUCGUGCAAUCAGUGUUGUGACAGCGGAGACCUGUGUAAUGUGUAUGGAUGUAACAGCAUUGGUUUUCCAGUAAACCGAGGGCCAAUAUGUUAUAGCUGUGAAGCGUUACCUAAGGGCCAUCCUUGUCACAGAAUAGCUCAUUGUGAAUCUCACGAAGUUUGUUUUAAUGACGCUCAACUUGAGUUUCAAACUGACAUUUUACACACAAGUGGGUGCCGUUCAAGGCACCAUUGUGCCAGUGAAACAAUUGAUCCUGAGAUAUUUGUAGGUAGAAGAACGACAAGUGUUUGUACAGACUGUUGUAGAGGUGAUCUGUGUAAUGUACAAUGUAGCCGUACAAGUUUGUGUGCCGAUGAUCCAUCUUGUACAUUUUUGAAAGUGAAUUAUGACGUGUGUAACACGCCUGAAAUCGCAAGUCAGUUCUGUAAGAAAACUUGUAACUUAUGCGCACCUUCCGGUAUGACGUCAUGCAUGAAUACAAGACUGGACUGCGCAGAUAUUGCAGCGACAGUCAAUAUGUGCGGAUCUAAACAAGAUGCAGUGAAGUACGGUUGUACGCAAUACUGUGGGUAUUGUUCUGGAGCUACAACAGGACCUGCACCUAUGGUUAGCACGAAGUACAACAACAUUGUACACACCACGUCUACCCCAUCGACUGCUUCAUAUAGCACAAAGACGUAUUCUACAAGUACUACGGCAUCAACAACAAUGAACAAAAUGCCAGUACUCCAUGUGGGAGAUAAGGUGAUCAGAGGUCCUGACUGGCACAAUGGUGAUCAGGAUGGCAAUAGUACGGGUGUGGUAAUAGCUGUCCUAAGCUCGCGUCUAAACGGUUCUGUUGUAGUAAGAUGGGACAGAACAAAAAAUCAACAGGGUUACUUUUAUGGCAGACAAGGGAAAUAUGAAGUCCAGUUGUUUGCGCGCGCAACACCGGCGCCAUUUACCAGCACGAGACCUGUAUCCACUGUGUCCGUUAUUGGACAGACGACAACUUCGGUUCAGGGGACAUCGCAAGUGAUGAGCGCAGUGUCAUCUACACCGCAGUCAACACGAUUAUUGGUAAAAGGUGAUGUAGUUGUACGGGGUCCUGAUUGGACAUGGAAGGAUCAAGAUGGUAACACGACAGGUGUGGUUACCGGAAGUUCUCUGCCAGGAUGGGUUACAGUGAGAUGGGGAAACGGUUUCGAGAACUCGUACAGAUACGGGGUUGGAGGGAAAUACGAUGUUUCGCCUGUAAAUAAAGGAUACACUUCCGGUACACCAUCAGGCACUACUACUGGAACUACAAUAAUGUAUAGCACAACAAUUGACACCAGUACAAGCACCAUCGCAAUGGUUACGCCUUCUUCGACAAACCACAUUAUUUUGUCCACAUUUGCACCUAUGGAAGCACUCCAUGACGGUGAUCGUGUCGUGAGGGGUCCAGACUGGAUUUGGGGAAAUCAGGACGGCGGUGAAACUGGUACCGUAACUUCGGUCGAUACAAUCGGGUGGGCAACAGUGAAAUGGGACAACAACUUUACAAACAGCUAUCGCUACGGAGUUCAAAACAAAUAUGACAUACAAAAGGUCGGUUCUCACGCAGCAACGACGCCUCCUCGAACAUCCACCAUUAGUGACAGGCCUUUAACUACUGCCCCGCCUACAGCUGGGGCAGGUUUAGCCAAUGCUCUGUAUGUUGGUGGUCGAGUUCAACGUGGUGUGGAUUGGAGAUAUGGUGAUCAGGAUAGUAAUGGCUUUGGCACAAUCCGCGAACUACCUCCCAAAGUUCCAGAGGGCUGGGUUCAAGUAGAAUGGGACAACGGUUAUAUAAAUAAUUAUAGAGUUGGUGCGGAUCAGGCGUAUGAUGUCAUGUUUGUACCCGGCCACAGUAUAGACCCAUCUUUGCACGGUUAA